CUUGCGUGAGGAAGCGGCGGUCGGCGUGCGUCUCGCUGUCACACAUCCAGCGAACGAACCGGCGUGUGGACGAGACUCGCCCGAGUGCGUCCUGCCCCCUGCACAGAGCGGCUUCUCCUCUCCCCGCAACAUGGGUUAGAAAUGCGAGCACGCUCCACGGAUUAUCCACUUUGUGCACUCCAGCGAGGAGGAUGAUGGGGGACUUGUUUUCGCGGACACAUCCUGACAAAGACGGCCACUGAAAGGGAACGCUGCUCGGGCUUUUUUUUCUUUAAUUUAACGCUAGUUUUGUUUUUACUCGGGAGUUUUCCAGUUUCUAGAGAUGUACGCGGAAUUGGUGUGCAGCGCCGUGGCUCUGCUCCUGUAUGUCAACACACUGGGCGCUGAUUUCUGCUACGAUGACAGCCGUGCAAUCAAAACCAACCAGGACCUGCUCCCUGAAACCCCUUGGAUCAACAUUUUCUACGACGACUUCUGGGGCACGUUGCUCACCCACAGCGGGAGUCACAAGUCCUACCGGCCUCUCUGCACCCUCUCCUUCCGCUUCAACUACGCUCUGGGUGGGCUGGAUCCUUCGGGGUACCACUUGGUCAACAUCGUCCUCCACGGAGCUGUCACUGGACUCUUCACUUUACUAUCCCGUCUGCUGCUUGGAGGAGGUCUGUGGAGUCUCUUGGCUGGCCUGCUUUUCGCCUCUCACCCGAUCCAUACCGAGGCUGUAGCCGGGGUGGUCGGCCGUGCAGACGAAGGAGCUGCCCUCUUCUUCCUCAUCUCUCUCCUCUGCUACAUGCGCCACUGUAAACUCCGAGGACACGCUGGGCCAUUGCGACUCAUUGCCUGGUUCGUUGGUAGCCUGGUCUUCGCAGCCUGCAGUAUGUUAUGGAAAGAACUCGGCGUGACGGUCCUGGCUGUAUCCGCGCUGUAUGAUGUCUGCGUUUUCCACCGGCUCACGAUGCGUCAGAUAAUUGCUCUCCUCUACAAGAGAAAGAAUCUCCACCUGCUGCUGAACAUCUGCAUCCUGGCUCUGAGCGGUGCCCUGCUGCUGGCCGGUCGAUUCUACUGGAUGGGAAACAAACCUCCAAACUUCUCCAACUCAGACAAUCCAGCCGCAGACUCCUCCUCUCUGCUCACCCGGACCCUCACCUUCUUCUACCUGCCCGUGGUCAACUUCUGGCUCCUCCUCUGCCCCCAUACGCUCAGCUUUGAUUGGUCCAUGGACGCCAUACCUUUAAUCCGAAGCUGUUCUGACUGGAGGAAUUUACAGACAGUGUUCUUCUACUGUGGAUUACUGUUGCUCGCUUGGUAUGGAUUGUUAAAGCACAAAGCGACAAAAAUCAAAGACUCAAAUGGUAAAGCUUAUAUUUAUACAAACGGGAGUAAUGGUAGUAGUAAUGGACAUAGCUACCACUGUAAUCAUGAACAGACAAACUCACAUAUAAAUAACAACAUAAGUGAAGAAAAUGGUACCAAAAAGCACUAUGAAAGCAGGACUCCUCUGCCCACCACUGAGAAUAUAGUGAUCUUCUCUUUAGGGCUCUUGGCAGUCCCCUUCCUCCCGGCUACAAACCUCUUCUUCUACGUGGGCUUUGUGAUAGCAGAGAGGGUGCUCUACAUCCCCAGUAUGGGCUUCUGUCUGCUGCUGGCUGUGGCCAUGAGGGCCCUGUACGUGAGGCUCAGACACAAACGCUCCAGGACCGCGCUGGUCUACUGCAGUGCGAUGCUCAUUCUUCUGUUUGGAGCCAAGACUGUACUGAGGAACAGGGACUGGCAGAACGAGGAGAUGCUCUACAAAUCAGGGAUCUAUGUCAAUCCUGCUAAAGCGUGGGGCAACCUGGGAAAUGUGCUCAAGAGCCAGGGCAAGAUGGAGGAGGCCGAGCACGCCUACAGGAACGCUCUGUACUACCGCAGCAACAUGGCCGACAUGCUCUACAACCUGGGUUUGCUGCUACAGGAGAGCAACAAGUUCUCUGAGGCCGUUCACUACUAUAAACUCGCCAUUGGGAGCCGCCCCACUCUGGCCUCGGCCUACUUGAACACUGGUAUUAUCCUGAUGAACCAGGGGAGACUGGACGAAGCCAAGCGUACUUUUCUGACCUGUGCUGACAUCCCCGACGAGAAUCUCAAAGACCCCCACGCCCACAAGAGCUCCGUCACCAGCUGUCUGUACAACCUGGGCAAACUCCUACACGAACAGGGACACCAGGAGGACGCCCUCUCUGUGUUUAAAGAAGCAAUACAGAAAAUGCCAAGACAAUUUGCACCACAGAGCCUCUACAACAUGAUGGGGGAGGCCUACAUGCGGCUGAACAGACUGACUGAAGCUGAGCACUGGUACAGAGAGUCCCUGAGGGUGAAGCCGGACCACAUCCCUGCGCACCUCACCUACGGAAAAUUACUCGCCCUGACGGGCCAGAAAACAGAAGCCGAGCGCUACUUCCUCAAGGCCAUUCAGCUGGAUCCCACGAAGGGCAACUGCUACAUGCAUUACGGUCAGUUUUUGUUGGAGGAGUCUCGGGGGCUGGAAGCGGCAGAGAUGGCCAAGAAAGCAGCUCAGCUCGACAGUGGAGAGUUUGAUGUGGUCUUCAGUGCCGCCCAUAUGCUCAGACAAGCCAGUCUAAACGAAGCAGCCGAAAAGUACUACGGACAAGCAGCCACUCUCAGGCCGGAUUACCCUGCAGCCCUCAUGAAUUUGGGAGCCAUCCUGCAUCUCAAUGGGAAACUACAGGAGGCGGAGUCUAACUAUCUGAGAGCUCUCCAGCUGAAACCAGAUGACACCAUCACCCAGUCCAACCUGCGCAAGCUUUGGAACAUCAUGGAGAAGCAGGGCCUGAGGACUGCUAGCCCCUGAGUGGAGCCUUGCCCGCCACGUGUGCUCCAGACCUGGGUUAAAAUUGCCCCACUCCCCCCUGCUCUGAUCCAGGAGGAGGGUGUCUGAAAGGAGGCUGAUCACUGCUAAGCUCUGAAUGCACCUCAGGCUAUGAAUACUCCGCACAACUUAGCAUGGCUGAGCUUUUUGGACCGCGGUCGACUAAAGUAUGUUUUCGUAGACUGGGGCUGAUACAUUUGCAGUUUUAUUGCAAAUUAAUUCUGGUCCAAAAUGGGGAUUUUGUUGUCCAGUCUGUGCAGAAAGAUCACCAUGCCUGGUUUUCAUCAUGACUCGGUCCGGUUCAAAUGAGGUUGUGCGAAGAAUUGAAGACCAUUUUGAGUGCUCAGAGCAUCACAUAAAUUAUACUUUUUCUGUAAAAGGAUUUUAUCAGCAGUAAAAUUGUAGCUUCAAAGAUGAAAAAAGAUGAAAAGGGAAUGGACUAUUCACCAAUUUGAAUACAUCACUAGCCUCUGAUAGCUCCGGGAAGUUUGGAGUCGGCCAAGUAGAUUACACUUGGCAAUGCAGUUUAAGCCAUUGCCUUACAGCCAAAUGUGUGAAUCCUCUUUAUUAGUUUGUAGAGAAGUGGCUUUUUUCCCAUUACUGCUUCUUUAUAGCACAAGAGAAAAAGCCAGGUUACCAUGGCAAUGCAAAUGUCAGGAUACACGGGGGGAAAUUAUUGGAACUAUGAAGCUAUCUCCCGUAUAAGGUCACAUGACUGAAGCUAAAGUUAAAACACUAAUGAAGGAUUUACAGAACCAAAUACACUCUGCUCUCAUCAUUACCGCACAGACAUAGCACUACAGAGGGAAAUGUUUUAUAAAUUAUUUAGAAAAAAAAAUCUGUUUUGUAUAAAUGACUUUAAUAUAUUGUAGAAUAUGUAAAUAAAUCCAUACAGCAAAAAAGUAGCCAACGAAAUGCUGGCCAAUGGUUUUUGAAGUGUGUGAGGUACGGCCCUCUCCCUCAGUCUUAAGCUCUCGUGUAAAUAUUCUGUCUAAUGAACAUGUUUUAGUGAUUCGGCACCUUCUCAUUCAGAGUCUGUACAAUAUUUGUGCCCCUGCCAUUGUCUUGUCAGAUUUUAAAGCCAUGAUACAGUAUACUUGUGUUUUGGUCCUUAAGUUAUUUCAGUGGGUCUCCUCAGCGACAGAACCAGCUGGCACUGUGUUUUUUGUAAAGAAGGAACGUUGCCUGUUUAAUAUUUGUGCUCAUUAUUGGCCAAUGUUAAUGGAGGUCAAAUGUUGUAUUACAUUGGGUAUGACAUGUUGCAGUCCUGAUGGUUUCACACUGUUUUUGUCACAAGUCCUUUAUACAGUAUUUUGUAAUGUAACUCAAAUGUCCAUCAGCUGCCAUCUUUAAUGUGCACACUUCUGUCAUAAAAGUGCUUAUAUUUGAAUAUUGCUUGGGUCAAAAAAGACGAUUCACUCAGGGAUCUCAAGCGUUUACUAAAUUAAGAAGAUUUAUUUUUUAAAGUUGUUUGUAUUUGUAUAAAUUAUGAAUAUUUGUAGGCCUUUUCCUCCUGUUUUGUAAUACCUGAACAAUGUGCUAGAAAUU